AUGCGCAAUGAAAAAGUCUACUUUCCUUGUCCAAAACAGUAUCUUUAUUUUUCAUGUUUUGAUUUCUAUCUAUCUAUCUAUCUAUCUAUCUAUCUAUCUAUCUAUCUAUCUAUCUAUCUGCAUUAUCCAUAUAAAAUUAUAUAUCCAUAUGUAAUUCUUUUCUUUUCUUUUCUUUUCUUUUCUUUUCUUUUCUUUUCUUUCUUUCUUUCUUUCUUUCUUUCUUUCUUUCUUUCUUUCUUUCUUUCUUUCUCUUCUGCGUCAGUUUGUCCGCAUCUAUCUUCUUAUAUCCAAGGUCCUAGCUAUGUUGAUCUAUCUAUCUAUCUAUCUAUCUAUCUAUCUAUCUAUCUAUCUAUCUAUCUAUCUAUCUAUCUAUCUAUCUAUCACUGUAUGUUAAUUAUCUAUCUAUCUAUCUAUCUAUCUAUCUAUCUAUCUAUCUAUCUAUCUAUCUAUUACACUGUUUGUAUCCGUGCUACUAUACACGGUUACUAUCUAUCUAUCUAUCUAUUUAGUGUUAACUUCUAUGUUCACUUUUAUAUCUAUCUAUCUAUCUAUCUAUCUAUCUAUCUAUCUAUCUAUGUGGCCUGA